AUCACCCAGCACACAGGAGUACUGAGCUGGCUUCUAAAGCCUUUUAACCUGGAUAUGGGGCAACAAGCCAUUCCAACCAGGACCAGCCUCAACCAUGGACAGCACUUUUUGUUCCUCUACCUGAUUGUUCCCUUAACUGGACCUGCAAUUUGCUCAGCAAGUUACAGCACAGCUUCUGAAUUGCUAUACAUGCUGCACGAAGGGUUACCCAAGGGGAUUCUCAUUGGAAACAUUGUGCGUGAUCUGCAGCUGGGUCUCUUUACUGACCCCCCUCUUUCAUUCAGCCUGGCAUCUAAAGGGCUAAGUGGGAAGUAUGUGACACUUGAUAACAGCACGGGGGAGCUGUACACAUCAGCAGAGGAAUUGGACAGAGAAGCUCUUUGCUCACAAAACCCUGGCGUUCAGGACUGUGUCCUCCUCCUUGAUAUUAUCAUUUUGCCACAGGAAUAUUUUAGGCUCAUCAAAAUAAAGAUUGCCAUCAUUGAUGUGAAUGACAAUGCUCCUGUGUUUCCAGUGGCACAGAUUUAUAUUACUGUUCCGGAGAAUGCUCCUGUUAACACCAGGCUGGUUAUAGAGCAUCCUGCUUAUGACCCUGAUGGAGGACUUUAUGGAGUCCAGACCUACAGGUUAGUGGAAUACAAUGGUGUUUUUACAUUAGACGUGGAAGAGAAUGAGAGUGGAGAGAGGACGCCUUACCUUAUAAUUAUGGGGACUCUGGACAGGGAGAUCAAGUCUGAUUACAAAACUAUUAUUAUUGCUGAAGAUGGUGGCAACCCACCCCUUGUAGGAUCUGCCACUCUUUCUAUUCUCAUAAGUGAUGUCAAUGAUAAUUGUCCACAGUUCAGUGAAUCUACGAUCAAUGUGACUAUUCCUGGAAACUCAAGUGUUGGUGUGAAAGUAACCACGGUGCAAGCUGUGGACAUUGAUGAAGGCAGCAAUGCAAUAAUUACGUACGCCUUCAGUGAACGUGUCCCACAGUCUUCAAAAGAACUUUUCUACUUGGACGAAAAUACAGGAGUAAUAAAGCUUUUCAAAAAGGUAGAUGGCAACACUGUUCAGCAACAUAAAUUAACUGUAUUUGCCAAUGGCCCAGGCUGCAUCCCCGCCGUUAUGAACGUGUUUAUUUCAAUUAUUAAGGUAGCUCUCCGACCACCUGAGGUUGUACCUCGCUAUAUUGCAAAUGAAGAAAAUGGUAUUGUGUAUUUGAAAGAGUUAGAACCUAUUAAUUCACCCAUUGCAUUUUUUACCAUCAAAGAUCCUGAUGACAAAUACAAGGUGAAUUGUUAUUUAGAAGGGGAAGGACCAUUCCGACUUGCCGCAUACAAAACCUAUACCAAUGAGUAUUUACUUGAGACUACAAAUACUUUAGAUUAUGAAACAAAACGAACAUAUAAUAUUUCAGUGGUUGCCCUUAGUCUGGAUGGGUCUAAAGUUAAGAAACCGAUGCAAGUGUAUAUUUUGGAUGAGAAUGACAAUGCCCCUGUUUUUACACAGCCCACCAUAGAAGUUACUAUUGAAGAAAACAACCAGGCAAAUGCUUUUUUGGCCAAAUUGCACGCUACUGAUGCUGACAGUGGAGACAGAGGACAAGUUUCCUACUUUUUGGGACCUGAUGCACCUGCUUAUUUUUCUCUUGAUAAGCAAACAGGAAUUCUUACAGUUACCACUAUGUUAGAUCGAGAGGAAAAAGAGAAAUACAGGUUCACUGUGAAAGCAAGAGAUUCUGGCAAACCUCCAAGAGAGUCAGUAGCCACUGUUCAUAUUACAGUUCUAGACAAAAAUGACAACAGCCCUCGUUUCAUCAGCAAAGAUUUCAGUUUUUUUGUUCCUGAGAACUUUCCUGGUUUUGGUGAAAUUGGAGUAAUUAGCGUCACAGAUGCUGACUCUGGACAGAAUGGCUGGAUAGCCCUUUCUAUAGUGAAUGGAAGUGACAUUUUUGUCAUUGACACUGGCAAAAGACUCUUGAGAGCAAAGGUAUCACUUGAUAGGGAACAACAGAGUUCUUAUACUCUAUGGGUCGAAGCAACUGAUGGCGGUGACCCUACUUUCUCGUCUACAGCAAAAAUAACCAUAUUGCUUCUGGAUGUUAAUGACAACCCCCCACUGGUCUUAUUCCCACAGUCCAAUAUGUCCUAUCUUCUUGUCCUUCCUUCAACUCUGCCGGGUUCUCCUGUUACUGAAGUUUAUGCUGUUGAUAAGGACACAGGGAUGAAUGCAGUCAUAGCAUACAGUAUUAUAGGAAGGAGGGGGCCUAGACCUGAAUCUUUUAGGAUAGAUUCCAAAACAGGAAACAUAACCUUAGAAGAGGCCCUAAUGAGGGAUGAUUAUGGCCUAUAUAGGUUAUUAGUGAAAGUAACUGAUCAUGGUUAUCCAGAACCUCUUUUCUCCACAGUUAUGGUCAAUUUGUUUGUCAAUGAUACAGUAAGUAAUGAGAGCUACAUUGAGAACUUGCUGAGGAGAGAUCCUGACAUUAAUAUAGAAGAGAAGGAACCACAAAUAGCAAUUAAACCUACUCAUAAAAAGAUAGAAGCAGAUUCCUGUGUCCCUACACUGGUCACUCUGUCAAUAUUCUGUUUGGGCUCUGUCAUUCUGGUCACUUUAAUGGCAAUGUAUAUCUGCUUGAGAAAAGGAAAGAAAGAUAACAGGAUAAAUGAAAAUCUGGAAGUUCAAAUCCCACUAAAUGGCAAAAUGAACUUCCAUUCAAUCGAUAAAAAGCCAAUUGAGAUUUCCAACAUUUAAAACAUUUUUUCCUAAACAAUACAUUUUGAAGAUGGAAAAUACAAAUAACACAAUGUGUUGAUAAUGGUUAUUAUGAAGGACCACUAAUUUAUACCAUAUAGUAAUAUAUAUGUAAAUAUCUCUUUACAGCUUUUUUACUUAAAGCAACAAAACUUGUAAAGAUUUUUUUUAUACGUAAUGCAUAUAGCUCUUUUACUUGCUGAUGUCCUUAUGCAUUUGGUACAACUUUUGACAUAUAACUGAGAAAACUAAGCGCAUCAAAGUAGCAAUAUGCGAGAUGUUAGUUUUAUCAGCUUUUAGCCAGCAGGGGGCCCAGAGCUAUUGUGAAAUAAAGGUAUAGAUAUAUUUUUAAGGUUUUAUUGUCAUAUACCAUUUGAAUAAAGUAAAGAUAACCCUUCUAUAUUUCUAUGGCAAUGUAAAAAGGAGACAUUUGAUAUACUGAAUGUAUGCUACUGUACCUCAAGAUGUAAGGGAUAGAUUUAAAAAGGGAUUAACAAGAAGUGCAAUUCAUUUUCAAGCGCAGCGUCACUACACAUGAGCACAUGAUGCAAAGUGUUAUGUAACUUUGACCGUGGUGGUUGCAUUUGUGAGAGGUUUCUUAUUAUUCUUUGUGUUUAGUGAGUAUGAUAUCAUCCACAUAGUAUUUGUAUUUUUUUUUUUUAAUGGACGGUAUAUGAGCCUAUUUGACAAUCAUAACACACAAUGCUUGUCUCUGUGAAUUUUCACUUUUAUAUUAACAAUGGCUUGCUCUGUUUAUAUGUCAUUGUAAAUGAGCUUGAGGGAUUUCCUACUGUUUAGCUUGCAUCCAGCAAGAUCUAUGUUUUAGGUGGGAGAUCUAGCACAGUGAUAUAUCCUUUAUUUAUUCAUUCUCUUUAGCGCUAUCAUUUGUAUUUGUGUCGGCUUGGAUGGAAUUCAAACAUAACUUUUAAGUGUAGUGACAGAUUUUCCACAGCAGCAGAUUUAGCAAUACCUUUUAUGGCGUGGUAUAAUAUUUAUUUGCUAAGGGUUGUUAAACAUUAGGAUCUGUAGUCUCUACUGGGAUCUUCAGACUCUGAUCAAAUGAAUUUUAUUUCUGAUUAUGGAGUGGUGUAGUAAACUCAUAGCCAGCAUCAGUCUGUUUCUCAAGACGUCAAAAUGUAACCACUGAAUGUUCAUUGUAAUAUUUCAUUGUAAAUAAUGACACAAUGUAAGAAAAAACAAGAAAAAAAUAUCUAUGGAUUUGCAGCAUCAUGUCUGUUCUGUACCAA